UCCGCGCACGCGCACAGGGCAGCCGUUGCUCGGCGCACGCACGCCCCUCACCUCCUGCCUCAGCCACGCGCCCCGCCUCGUUAACAUGCAAAUCUAUGCACAUACGUUUGCAUACCGAUGAGGCCGGGCGAGGAGCGGGGCUAGCGUUCAAAAUGGCGGAGCGGGGAGGCAGAGGGAGCGGCGGGCACGGCAGUUUGGAUAAGAGCAUCACCCUCCCGCCUGAUGAAAUCUUCCGCAACCUGGAGAACGCCAAGCGCUUCGCCAUCGACAUCGGUGGCUCAUUAACCAAGUUGGCUUAUUAUUCAACUGUGCAGCACAAAGUGGCAAGAGUGAGAUCCUUUGAUCAUUCUGGAAAGGACAUAGAAAACGAACCUUUGUAUGAAAUAUCAGUUCAGGAGGAGAUAACAGCUCGCCUGCACUUCAUCAAGUUUGAGAACAAUUAUAUCGAAACUUGUCUAGAUUUCAUCAAAGACCAUCUUGUCAAUACAGAGACUCAAGUCAUCAAAGCUACAGGUGGUGGUGCCUAUAAAUUUAAAGAUCUUAUUGAGAAGAAGUUGGGGUUGAAAGUAGAUAAAGAAGAUGUGAUGACCUGCCUGAUCAAAGGAUGCAACUUUCUGCUGAGGAACAUCCCCCAUGAAGUGUUUGCAUACCAGAAGGAUUCAGACACAGAGUUCCGAUUUCAGACAAAUCACCCAAACAUUUUCCCAUACUUACUGGUGAACAUUGGCUCUGGGGUUUCAAUAGUGAAGGUAGAAUCAGAAGACAAAUUUGAAUGGAUAGGAGGGAGCUCAAUUGGAGGUGGAACCUUCUGGGGUCUUGGAGCACUGCUCACUAAAACAAAGAAAUUUGAUGAAUUGCUGCAACUUGCUUCCAAGGGACAGCACACAAAUGUAGACAUGCUGGUGAAAGAUGUGUAUGGAGGCGCCUGCCAGACCCUGGGGCUAAGUGGGAACCUGAUAGCAAGCAGCUUUGGGAAAUCCACUACAGCAGAUAAAGAGUUCUCCAAAGAAGAUAUGGCAAAAAGUUUACUCCAUAUGAUCAGCAAUGACAUUGGUCAGCUUGCCUGCCUCUAUGCCAAACUCCAUAACUUAGAUAAAAUAUAUUUUGGAGGAUUCUUUAUUCGGGGUCACCCUGUUACCAUGCGCACAAUAACCUUCAGUAUCAACUUCUUCUCAAAGGGAGAGGUUCAGGCAUUGUUCCUGAGACAUGAAGGCUACCUGGGAGCCAUUGGGGCAUUUUUAAAAGGAGCUGAACAAGACAAUCCAAAUCAAUAUAGCUGGGGAGAGAAUUAUGCUGGGAGUUCUGGUCUUAUGAGCACAUCACCUGAUGUCUACCCCAUGCAGAGGACCCGGAGUGGUACAUUUGACAUGUUUGAAAUGGAUAGGUUGGAGAGACCGCUGGUUAACCUGCCACUGCUGAAGGACCCAUCAACCUAUAUUCCAGACACUGUUGACCUCACAGAUGAUGCCAUGGCCAGAAAAUACUGGCUCACUUGUUUUGAGGAGGCGUUGGAUGGGGUAGCAAAGCGUGCUGCAGCCAGCCAGCCAGAUUCUGUUGAUGCACCUGAGAGAGCCGAAAAGUUCCGACAGAAGUACUGGAACAAGCUCCAGACACUCAGACAGCAGCCUUUUGCAUAUGGCACCUUAACAGUUAGAAGUCUUUUGGAUACAAGGGAACACUGUUUAAACGAGUUCAAUUUUCCGGAUCCUUAUUCGAAGGUAAAGCAGAAAGAAAAUGGCAUAGCCUUAAAAUGUUUUCAAAGCGUAAUCGAAUCUUUGGAUUCAUUAGGCUGGGAGGAGAGGCAGUUUGCUCUGGUGAAAGGACUUCUUGCGGGGAAUGUCUUUGACUGGGGAGCAAAAGCAGUCUCAGACGUUCUGGAAUGUGAGCCACAAUUUGGAUUUGAAGAAGCCAAGUCAAAACUGCAAGAACGUCCCUGGUUAGAAGAUUCCUACAGUCAGUGGCUAGAGCGGCUGAAGGAGGGUCCCCCUCAUAAAUGUGCCUUAAUUUUCGCAGAUAACAGUGGAAUAGACAUAAUUUUAGGCGUCUUUCCUUUUGUUAGAGAGCUUCUUUCUAGAGGAACAGAGGUUAUAUUGGCUUGUAACUCUGGCCCUGCUCUAAAUGACGUCACCUACAGCGAAUCCCUGAUCGUUGCUGAACGGAUAGCAGCAAUGGAUCCAGUUAUUCAAUCUGCACUGAAGGAAGAGAAGCUGCUGUUGGUCCAGACGGGUUCAAGUUCUCCUUGUCUAGAUCUGAGCCGCCUGGAUAAAGGUCUGGCUGUGCUGGUCAGAGAACGGAAGACAGACUUGGUUAUCAUUGAAGGCAUGGGUCGUGCCAUCCACACCAAUUACUACGCGGCUUUGAAGUGUGAGAGCCUCAAGCUUGCUGUUAUCAAAAACUCCUGGCUUGCCGAUCGCCUUGGAGGGAAAAUAUUCAGCGUCAUUUUCAAGUAUGAAGUGCCAUGUAAAUGAUACAGAUCUGGUCAGCUGGGUGAACAGGAGCAGCAGAAUGGACUUGCACUAGUUUUACUUUAACUGUAAAGAAUGUAUUUUUAUUACAACAGGGAAAAGAGGUCACAGGAAAUUCCAUAUUUAUAUUGUGCUUUUGUGACUUAAAAAGCAACAAUAUGAUUCACUCUAUAGUAUACACACCCAAAUAUAUAUAUGUAUAUCACUCAUUGUUUAUUUUGGUAAGUGUUUAUUUUAAUGAUUCAGUAUUUGUGAUGAAAAGACUUUAUUUUUUUGUUCUGUGAGACAUUCAUAUAGAAAUAUAUUUAAAUGUCAAUGAAACCUUUUUUUAUACAUCUCUGCCUACUCUGCCAGCACUGACAUGGCACAUACCAAAUAGUUUUUAAAGUGCUAAGUCAACCUGACAUUGUAUUUUUCCAUGUCAGCUUUUAAACUUACCUAAACAGUCUCAUGCUCUUUGCAGUUAAUUUGGUCGAGGACUGAUCCACCUCCUACUCUAACGAACUUUAUGUCAGCUGCAUUUAAAACAGAACUGUCACAAUGUGAGAGCACACAGUAGAUAACUGAACAGCACUACCACCAGUUAAAGAACUCUUAACUCCUACUGCUUCCACUGUUAUUAACAAGCUGAGGGGGGGGAGAGGCAGGCUGCAUCCAUACUAAAUUACUUAGCAGUAAUCAGAAGUUUAAGUCUGCAUUGCAUUCAGUGAAUCUGAACACUUUAUUCAGGAACAACCAGCUGUAUCCCUGUCACAGACAUGUUAAUUUCUGUUUCCUUCAGUUAUUUAAUGCUGGAACAGAGAGGAAUUAGUCUCUCUGUUGAUGCAGUGCAGUUAAAACCACUUCUAAGGAACUGAAUUUGUGCCCUGCUCCAUCAGCUGCGCAGUACGUAAAUGCAGUUAUUUAACCCUGAAUUUGCAAAACAGCCUGUGCGUGCAUCAGCCAUUCCACCUCUGAAAUGAAAAACAACUUAAUUAGAAAACUAUUUAAUAUGUAACCAAAGUAACCAUUCCCCAUGAACUUCAAAGAUUCUUCUCUGACAGCAAGAAAAUAACAAAAAAUGCCCGUUACUCAUCCUUGCCUACUGAAUUUGUACUUUAAUUGAUUUUGUUUGCCAGUGUUCAUGUUCUACUGCUCUUGGAUUUAAAGUAUGAAUCUUAUUCCUAAAUAGUUCCUAGUCAAGUUAACUAGACAAACUGUCCUCUGUAGCUAAACAAGGAAACAUAUCUUCUGAUGGAAAACAGACCUUUCUUAAAUCUAGUUCCUUAACUGUAAGGCUUCCCUUUCUCAGAUUUUAGGCCUUUGUGUAGAAUACAGUUAAAUCCUGCAUUAUUGGGAUGGAUGCAUCAGUAAUGUCCUUUCUGAUUCAGAAAUGACUUUCACAGUGAUCACUAUCAUUUGCCUAGAAGGAGGCAAAAAUACAUUCUAUUUAAAAUUAAAAUCUUAAGGAGCAGUUAUUCUUGAUUAGAAGAGUCAGAUAAAAGCUUUAAUUUUCAAGAUUGCACCUCAUUCUAUAAUUAGUAUGCAGAGGCUUCAUAUUAACCUAUCCCCCUGCAGGCAUUUCUGCACUUACGUGGUAAACUUCUAAAUUAAAUAUAGAUGUGAUCACCCAUCUUAACCUCCCUUAAUUUUAGCAGUUGCACUCUCCCUCUUAUCAAUUCAAAUUCUUCCAAGCUGCUUGGUUUUGUUCUAUAACCAGCUCCACCAUCAAUCCAGAAGUACUGUGUUUGUAAUUAGGAAACUAACACUCUACUCUUGCAGAAAAAUAUCUUCCUACAGUGAUGUAGCUCCUAUGACAUAUAGAUGGUAGAACCACAAUAUAUGCCCAUUCCUUAAGAAUUUUUGUUAAGCAUUGGCCCUCCCUGAAGUCUCCUGGGUUUGUCUUGUAUUUUCUUUAAUACGUAGACGAGUGCACAUUUCUUCUGUGAAAAUGGAGCAACAAGAUUUCUGGAAAAGAAGAGGGGGAAAAAAAAAAGGGGGAUAAGUUUCUCUGUAUUGUAGAAUCCAGCUUUUAAAUGUUCACUAGACUUUCAGUGCAGUGGAUGGGAGAACAAGAACACCAAAAUACACAUUCAAAUUCUAGUGCAGUUUUAUUUACGUGUUUUCCUGCUUGUCAAAUGACUUGAGAAUAGCCAUACUUGAGAAUAAACUUGUUAUUGAUGAUUUACUGUCCUCUGUA